CUUUGGCAUAUUUGCAUGAUUGAAGUCGGUUGUCAAAAUGCCUGAUCCAGUGAAGCCAGCAGCAAAGAAGGGCUCCAAGAAAGCCGUGUCCAAAGUAGCCUCCAAGGGCGGCAAGAAGCGCAGGAAGUCGAGGAAGGAGAGUUAUUCCAUCUACAUCUACAAGGUGAUGAAGCAAGUUCACCCCGACACCGGCAUCUCGUCCAAGGCCAUGAGCAUCAUGAACUCGUUCGUCAACGAUAUUUUCGAGCGCAUCGCUGGUGAAGCUUCCCGCCUGGCUCAUUACAACAAGCGCUCGACCAUCAGCUCCCGGGAGAUCCAGACCGCCGUGCGCCUGCUGCUGCCCGGGGAGCUGGCCAAGCACGCCGUGUCAGAAGGGACAAAGGCGGUGACCAAGUACACCAGCUCCAAGUAAAGACCGACGACCUGUAAAGAAGCUUAACCGAAAACAAGGCUCUUUUAAGAGCCACCCACAGUCUCACUGAAAGAGUUGUACUCGUAUUUCGAACCCGUAUAACUAUUUCCGUAUCGGGCGAUCGUUCACAUUCAUGAAAUAAAGUUCUUCGGACAUUUUCUAA